AUGGCCUCGAAGCAACGGCCAUCGGUUCUGGUGACGGACGCGAGGGAACGAUCCAGCCCACGACGCAAUCUCCAGCGGCAGGACACUGGCGCUGGACCGCCUGGCGCCGCUGCGCCUAUGCGGUUCAUGACCGUCGACAACGUCCUUCAGUACAACACCCAGAUCCCUUCUGGUCAACCUCGCGGCCCUCCUGUCCCGAUCCCUCGAGCCCAAUCCGCCGCAGCUAGCACCCCCGGGAGCCGAAGAGUUUCAACUGGCGGACUUCCAAACACACAGUCACGGACCGGCAAGCCUAUGCCCUCGCGUACGACAAAAAUCAGUGAGAAACUUGUUCUGCUACCUGAGACCGAACAGAACGACGAUGACGUCGACGACGAGAUCGAAAGCGAGGCCGUCCUCGCGAGGAGGCUUCAGGACCAAGAGAAUCGACCACUCAAAGAUGAAGAGCUGGAUGUGCUCAAGAAGAGAGGUGGGAUCCGCGGAAAGAGUUACGCCGAGAGACUGCCAAAGAUGCAGAGGACGGAAAAGGUCAGCAGGUUGACGGCCUACUGCACUGCGCAGGCGUACAAAGUCAAGGCCACGGCCGAGUUUUUACGCAAGAAGCACGAGGCGAAGACCAAGCUGUACGACGAUUGCCUUUACGUCAUCUACGCGCUACCACUCCUCAAUGGUAACGACGGGUACCGCGUCCGCAGUAGGCCCAUCCUCAAGACACCUGGCACGGGCAAGACGGUGCUCGACCUCGAGAUUGAACGCAGCGAGCAACGCGACCACCACGGGGGCUACUUUGAGGAUGACGCCUACAUGAGCUCGAGUCCCAACCGCGUUCCCUCGGCGCCCUCACGCUUUAGCGACCCGCCAGCCACGCCCGAGGAUCAUGACAAUCCCUUCCGUCAUGAUGACGACGUCUCGCAGAUGAACCGACUCGCCCCUGAUACUAAGAAUUUUGCUGAGAUGUUCGUCUACUCGUACGGCGUUGUCGUAUUCUGGAACUUUACAGAGCACCAGGAGAGGGACAUCCUGGCAGAUCUCACAUUCGCCGACGCCGACGCCACUGCCGAAGGUGGCCUCAGCCUGCUCACCCGGCCACUCGACCAGGAUGACUACGAGACGGAGGAGUUCCAUUUCGAGUACAGCGCUGAUAUCAAGCGCCCGCGCGUAUUCAACGACAUGAUUACUCUCCUACCGCGCUCCGAUCAUAUGAUCAAGCUAACUAUCAGCCACGCCAUUGCCCAGAGCACCCGCCUGUGCUUCUUCGAGGAGCGCAUGAGCGAGACCAUGCUCGAUGCGCAGCACGUCCCCAAGACGCUUGCCCUCACAGGCGAGCUUAACAUGACGCGUACGGAGAUCGUGCGGAUGCUGGGACGCCUGUUCAAGAGCCGCGUUGACAUUAACCUAUCGUCUAACAUCCUUGAUGUACCGAACUUCUUCUGGGAUGCCGAACCGACUCUGCACCCCCUCUACGCUGCUAUUCGUGAGUACCUCGAAAUUGAUCCCCGUAUCAAGGUUCUCAACGAGCGCUGCCGCGUCUUCCUCGACCUCGCCGAGAUCCUUUCCGACUCCGUUGCCUCGGCUAAGAUGAGCGCCAUCACCUGGAUCAUUAUUGUCCUCAUCGUCGUGAGCAUCAUGGUCACCGUCGCAGAGGUCGCCAUCCGCUUCGGCAUGCUCAGCAAAGCCAAGGCUUCUCCCGCCCUGCUAGUGUCCGCCCCUGUCAUCGGUGUCGCGGCUGGCCACGCCGUGCCGUUGCCGGUGAGCGAUCUCGAGAUGCUUGCGCGCACACUCGGACUGGAGGCCAAUGCUACCGUCGAAGAUGUCCGAGAGGGAAUUUGGGCCCUGCAGAAGGAUAGCAUACAUGACGCUCCCUUAGUGCAGGCCUCCUACGACGACCUCUGA